CGGUCAAAAGGAGUAAUUAAAUACCCACACAAAAUGAUAACAACUGGGUGUUCAAUUAUAAAUCACUCAGGACAUCUCUCUUCCGAUGAGAAAGCUUGGAAUGUCAAACCGUGCAUGAAAUUCUCGGGCAAAACCCUCAUUGGGAAAUCGUAUGGCGUGCCGGGAGUCACGAGCGAAUGCCCGCAGAUUUUCUGUUCUCAAAGGAAACAAGUGAGCGAGCCACAAAUCAGCCGAAUCCUUCGGCUAUAGAAAACCUCAAUCAUCCUCAAACAAACCUCAAACAUCCUUAAAAACGUUCUCAAGCGCUCACGCAAAACUCAUACACUUGCUCUAGUUCUCUUUGUUUUGGGGGAACGGCAUGGCAGACAACGAUAGGAAACCUCACGCCAUCAUCAUUCCUUACCCUCUCCAGGGCCACGUCAACCCGUCCGUGCACCUGGCGAUCAAGCUUGCUUCGAGGGGCUUCGCCGUCACCUUCAUCAACACCCAAUCCAUCCACCACCAGACCCUCAAAGCCCUUGGUCAGGAACAUGAUGGCGAUGGCGAGAGCGACGGCUCCUACGACAUUUUCGCCAACGUGCGUGGAGCGGGGCUCGACAUACGGUACACGACCAUGUCGGACGGCUUGCCAGUGCGGUUCGACCGGUCGCUGAACCACGACCAGUUCAUGGCGUCGCUCCUGCACGUGUUCUCGGCGCACGUGGAGGAGGUCGUGGGGAACAUCGUCGCGAUGCCCGGCAAGAGGGUCAACUGCCUGAUCGCGGACACGUUCUUCGUGUGGCCAUCAAAAGUGGCAAAGAAGUUCGGGCUGUUAUACGUCUCGUUCUGGACGGAGCCCGCACUGGUGUUCACGUUGUAUUAUCACUUGGAUCUCCUUCGGAUCAAUGGCCACUUUGCUUGCCAGGAUUGUCGUGAGGAUCCAAUAGAUUACAUACCAGGAGUGGAGUCCCUAGAGCCGAAGGACAUGACGUCGUAUCUCCAGGAGAGCCACCCGUCAUCCGUCUGUCACCAGAUCAUCUUCAACGCCUUCCGGGACGUCAAAGCGGCGGAUUUCAUCCUCUGCAACACCGUCCGCGAGCUCGAGCCCAGCACCGUGUCAGCCCUUCAGGCCCGGAAGCCCUUCUACUCUAUUGGGCCUGUGUUCCCGGAGGGCUUCACCACGAGCGACGUGGCCACGAGCCUGUGGCCCGAGUCGGACUGCACCCAGUGGCUCGACACCAAGCCCCCGGGCUCGGUCCUCUACGUGUCGUUCGGGAGCUAUGCCCAUCUGUCGAGGGCGGACCUAGUGGAGAUAGCCCAUGGACUCUCGCUCAGCGAGGUCGACUUCGUUUGGGUGCUCCGGGCCGACAUUGUGAGCUCCAACAACAUCGAUCCGCUGCCCGAUGGAUUCAAAGAGCAACUCGGUGACCGGGCAAUCAUAAUACCUUGGUGCCGUCAAAAUGCAGUGUUGAGCCACCCGGCAAUAGGCGGGUUCUUGACCCAUUGUGGGUGGAACUCAAUAUUGGAAAGCAUUUGGUCUGGUGUGCCAUUGUUGUGCUUCCCUCUGUUGACUGAUCAGUUCACUAAUAGGAAGCUGGUGGUUGACGAUUGGAGAAUCGGAUUGAAUUUGAGCAAUCGGAACAAGACCACUCGAGAGGAAGUCGCCAAGAAAAUCGUCCGGCUUAUGAGCAAAGAAUCAGGAAGCGAAUUCAAGAAUGCGGUCGGGGCAGUGAAGAAGAAGCUGGAGGAAGCAUUGAUGGCUGAUGGUUCAUCGACCAAAGAUUUCGAUCAGUUUCUCGCAGACAUAAAGGAUAGGAUUCAUCAAAAGGAGCAUCUUUCCGAUGGUGCUUAGAUCGAUCAUGUUGUCACUGGCCCUUCUCCGUCCAGACAUACAUUUGUAAUGCUCAAAAUGUACCAUUAGUGCAAAAGUGAUAAGUGGAGAAUAAAAUACCUUUCGAACAA